ACACGAAGCCAAACGCCUCUCCCAGUGACCAGUCUCGACACGAAAACUCAUCAGCCGAGCUUCUUCGGUUCUCUCAAUAAGAGUCGCAUCACGCUUUCAGCCCCACCUGUAGAAGUGGAUGGUUCCAGCAGCUGACCACUGAAAUCCGAGUAGAUUCGAUUUAAUCGAAUUGGUCUUGCCCAAGGCCGAACGCACGCUACCGAGUCACAAUGAUAUCGUCCCAGGCUCUCUCGUUACUCUUGUUGUUCCUCGCUGCGCGCGGAUCACAGAGUCAGAAGCAACAGCAGGAAGACCCUUGCCAAACAAAAUCCAGAAUCGUGGGUGAUAUAGAAUAUUGUGAUCGUUAUUGGGAAUGCGUGAACGGUCGACCGGAAUUAUUCGAUUGUCCGAACGGUCUGGUCUUUGCCGGAAAGCAUCGGGGCGUAACCGAGGGUUGCGACUACCCAUGGAGGGCGAAUUACUGUGACGGUAAACGUCAAGCGAAUCCGCCGAUUCCGGUCGAGCACUGCGACUGGCUUUACGGUAUCUUCGGCCACGAGACGUCAUGCACCAGGUACUGGACGUGCUGGAAUGGAACCGCCACGGAGCAGCUUUGCAUCGGCGGUCUUUUGUACAACGAAAAAGCCAGAUCCUGCGAUUGGCCAGAAAACGUCGAAGGAUGUCAGAAGCAUCCUCUGUGCAACGAGGAUGCGAACGGAAACGUCCCCCUCGGCAAGUCCUGCAACCGUUACUGGCAAUGUCAAGGCGGCUAUCCACGGCUUCAAAGAUGCCCGGCGAUGUUGGUGUUCGAUCGACGAUCGCUAAGAUGCGUCGUUCCACCGACCGAGGAUUGCGACGUGCCUACGACGCCGCCGAAUCUCGACGGUGAUUUUCCCGAGGGGCGAAAUGAACAGGAACCGGAAGAGGAGAAUCUUCCUCCCGGCGUUCCACCCUUGCCAGCUGGCGCGCUCCCGAUUCAACUCCGAGCUCGCCCCAGAAAUUAAAUCUCCGAACGCUGUUCCGUGAAUCGUGAACAUAGCCUUGGGCCGCAUUUCUGCGUGUGCAGUGCGUAACGUAAGACACGGUCGAGUCUUUUUUAUGCAUAGACUGCACAUCUGUACACGUUGAUGGAAAGAUCAGGUGAGAAAGUACACAAAGCGGCAGCGUGUGACAAACAAUUAUUCAAGGUAGUAUAAUAGUUAAAAUACAAAACGAAGACUUGAUUUAAACAAUCUUUUUAAAUUGAAGGCUGGUAGGUGCAAUGGAUUGCUCCCUGAAAAGUAAUAUAAAUUUUGUAAUGAAUUAGUUUACAUAUAUAAAGUUUAUUGUUUCAUGUAAUUAUACUUCGCCAUUUAUGUUCUCUGUUUGGUCAUCGAAAUCUAUCAUGCAUAUGUUGAACUCAUUUGUUAUUCGUUUAUUAAAAUUGUGUAAUGAAUGCAAAUAAAAAUAUACAAGCAUUCUAACACUUCUCAUGCACAAAAAGUUUUAUCAUUUCGUUCAGCCUAACGCAUUUUAUUCAUUUUCACCGCAUAAAACCUUCAGUAUUACGAUAGCGUCCAAUUUAAAUUCGCUUGUGUAACGUCGACGCGUUACACAUUACACGCAUGAGAAUGCUGCCCGAGGAUGUCUAUUGACUGAAAACGGUUGGAAGAUGAUUGGAAAUCAUUUCGGGGGUUUCAAAAAAUAAGGAGUCUAUUCGCUGUUACGCAAAUAGAACAUUUUGCUGAUAUUGUAAUCAGCCACGCAUCUGUCGUCGACGAGGAAAAUUACCGCGGGAGCUGGGAGCGUUGUUAAAUUCAUUUUUUAUUAUAUAUAUAACCGCUUCGUUCCAGAGCAUGUAAUUUUUAUUACUUCAUAUUAGAAGUGUCAAAUACUCUUCGAUCCACCCUUAAUCUCUUAUUCCUUUCCUGAUCUUUCUUUUUUGUAAUUGACGUAAUCGUAUGUCGACGAUUCUUUGUGCACGUUUAAGUUCGAAGCAUAUGACGAGUUGAGAGUCAUAACGUGAGUCGAGUUCGUGCUAUUUAUAAAACCAAAGUUCCGUAUUUAUUAUUAUAAAAAGCUAUGUGCAUUUUCUGAAACCAUGUUGUAUCACAGACUUAAAAAGAAAAAAAUGAAGAAUACGAUUAUUUCGA